CGCAAUGCGGCGCUCGGCGGAAGCGAUCCUUCUUCUUGGAGGAUCGUCCAUCGAUUCUGUGGCAGCGCUGCUUCCAUCAGAUGGAUUGGUCGAUCGGCGAUUCCUUACUUAUCAGGUGCGUUUGAGCGGCGAUGGCGCUCUCUCUCCAAUUCGCGGUCUCCACGCCCCGGCAAGCGUCGCUGGAGAUUUCAAAGCUAACUCCCGGCUACAUUGCGUCGUCCUUGUCCUUGCGAUCUCCUUCCGCUUCUUCGCUCCAUUCUCUCGGCACAAGCAGCGGCAUUGCCGGGGCCGUGAAGAAGAGCUCCAGAAGAUGGAGAGCAGCGAAGACGGUGGCGAUGGCGGCAGCCGCUAACGAGGUGUCGAAUCGCAAGGUACUGAUUGUCAACACCAAUUCCGGUGGACACGCCGUGAUUGGCUUCUGGCUCGCCAAAGAUCUCGUCGCUGCUGGCCACGAAGUUACUGUCAUGACUGUCGGUGAGGAGAGCUCGGAUAAGAUGAAGAAGCCACCAUUCUCGCGGUUCUCGGAACUGCGAGAUCUUGGAGUAUCAACAGUGUGGGGCGAUCCGAAAGACGUUGGAGCAGCCGUGGGUGGCAAAUCGUUCCAUGCCGUUCUAGACAACAAUGGAAAAGAUUUGGAUGCUGUGAAGCCUGUUGUGGACUGGGCGAAAUCCCAAGGUGUGGAGCAAUUCUUGUUCAUCAGUAGCGCAGGAAUCUACAAAACUAGUGACGAGCCUCCGCACGUCGAAGGGGAUCCUGUGAAAGUGGACGCAGGCCACGUCGGUGUGGAGGACUACAUUUCAAAGUCGGCUUUCAAGUUUUGGUCCUCGUUUAGACCACAGUACAUGACUGGCUCCGGGAACAACAAGGACUGCGAGGAAUGGUUUUUCGACAGAAUCGUUAGAGACAAGCCCGUCCCAAUACCUUCUCCGGGGAUCCAAGUGACAAACAUUGCUCAUGUAUCCGACUUAUCGAGCAUGAUAACACUGGCGAUUGGGAAACCGAGCGCGUCCAACGCUACCAUCUUCAAUGCUGUGAGCGACCGCGCUGUUACUUUCGAUGGUCUCGUCCGGUUGUGCGCCAGAGCUGCGGCGAAAGAAGCGAAGAUUGUCCACUACGACGCCAAAGCUCUGGGAAUCGAUGCUAAGAAGGCAUUUCCUUUCCGAAACAUGCAUUUCUACGCGGAACCAAGAGCAGCAAAGGAGAAGCUCGGGUGGACGAGCUCGACAAAUCUCUCAGAAGCAUUGAAGGAGAGGUACGAGGAGUACAUCAAAAUUGGGAGAGACAAGAAGGAUAUCAAGUUUGAGAUCGAUGAUACCAUUCUGAGCAAAGUUGGAUAAACAUUGCUUUGCCAAAUGAGGUUCUUCCACACGACGUGGUCAGUAGUAUCUCGUCUCAGAGAACCAGUAAUGUCACUUUCAGAUCGAAGGAUGUUUGAGCUUCUCGGA